UCCGCCUCCAAUUUUCUCCUCGAUGAAAGUGGGAAACCCUAAAACAAAGGUACAUUUUUUCUUUCAUUGGGUUCCUUUUUGGUUUCCAUUGAACUUUCAUUAUAUCCAUUUUCUUGGUUUUAAAUUAUCACUGUUUUCUUCUUUUAAAGAACUAUUUUUGUAGCACGAAGAUAGGAUUUUUCCUGGGGUUUCAUAAGUUGAACUGAUUUUUCAAUACCUUAUAGUGCUAAUCGGAAUUGACAUCAUUUGCAAAAACCCAUUUUUCAGAAAUUUGAUAAGGUAGACCUAAAUUGGAAUUUUUGUAGGGUUAUAUAUAAAAUUCAAGAAGCAAGAAGAUGGUCUUACAUUCCUCCGAGAAUCAGAAGAUUAACAGUGAGAUUUCAUCGUCUUUGAUUGCUGUAAUCAGUAACCCUGAUUUGUUAAGAGGGGUUUUAUUGUGUUUAUCUGUGAAGUCUCUACUUGUAUUCAAAUCUGUUUCAAAACAAUGGUGCCACCUCAUCUCUGAUUUUGAUUUUAUUAAGGAACAUUUGGUUCACAGACGCCCUUCAGUUCCUGGAUUUUACCUGCAGCAAUUGUCUCCUUGGGAGGACCCAGAAUUUGAGUUCAUUUUCUUGGAAGGUAACAUCCCUAGUAGUCUCCCGUUGCGAACACAAGCGGAUUUCUCAAAUGGAGGGCUCACAGUUUCAGGGAUUGAACAAUCUUGUAAUGGUCUGCUCUUACUAUGUUGCUACAGUUCCAUUGAUGGUAAGUAUUAUAUCUGCAACCCGUCCACAAAACGUUACUCAGUUCUUCCUAAAGAUAUAAAGAGUAGUUGGGAGUUGAGUAUUUGUAGUGUGAGUUUAGCUUUUGAUCCCUUGAAGUCACCUCAUUACAAAGUUGUUUGCAUUUGGAGAAACGAGAAUGAUAAUUUUGUGAUUGAAAUCUAUUGUUCGAGAACGGCCAGUUGGAGGCUCUCUGGAAAUCCUGUUGCUGCUGCACCUUAUGAUGUGUUUUACAAGUCUGGUGUGUUUUGGAAUGGUUCAUUGCAUUGGAUGAGCACAAAUUGUGAUUCAAGUAACUCUAGUGAAUCUUCUGUUUAUUUCGACGUUGAUAGAGAACAACUAAGGAGAAUGCCAGUGCCACCUGCACCCGAAAAAUGGUAUAGAAGAGUGGUUGAAUACUUUGGAGAAUGCAAGGGGAAAUUACAUCUUAUUCAAAAUUAUCUUCCAAGUACUACAACAAGUUUAGAUGUUUUGGAGAUGGAUGUUGAUUAUAGAUGUUGGACGCUAAAAUACCAUGUCACACUAGAUCAGUUGUCAAUAAUACAUCCACACGAUAUUGUAGAUGACCAGGGUUUGUUCAAAUUCUCUGUAUUGCUUAUCGAGGAAGAAAAAGAUUCGUCAAAGUUAGUGGUGCUAAUACAAGAAAGAGUUGUUUCAUUUGAUCUUAAGAAAUUUGAGUCCAAAAUUAUCCAUGGAACUAUUCAGCGGUAUCCAGGAUCCCCAUGGUUUAAAGCUCAUCAGUAUAUUGAAUCACUCGCUUUCGUUUGAUAACUUUUUGCCAGUUUUGUGACAGUACAAGGUGAUCAAAGCUUGCAGAUUUGAACGAGGGACAGGGAGACAAAGGUAUGAAACGUGCUGCACAUAUAUGGUAAGUAUGUGGCUGGGAGAAAGAUAGAGAUGCAAAGAGGAGGCCAGAAGUUAUCAUUGAUGGAAGUUGCAAAGAUAAAUUUGGAUUUGUGCAGGAUUUCUACAUGAGUGAGUGUGCAAGGCGUUACAGCUGAGCAAUAGUAUUAAGAGAAGGGUUUCCGCAGCUUAACUUGGAGAGCAGCUUCGCGAAAAUGAAGGGAUCGGUUGUAUAUGGUGAGCAGAGCUAGGAAGAUUUGAGAGUUCUAAAUGCAGGGGAUGGUAUUGGCCCUAUUGGGUGUCGAGAGUUGGUACACAACUUCGAAGCAGUUGGGUAAAUCUGAGUUCUUAUGCUGUCCUCUUUUUAUUAACCAGAGCUGAAAGUUGAUUCUUGCAGUUAAUGCUGUCUGUUUGAUUGUUCUGCCUUUGCAGAUGAUUGGUGGUUGUAACCUAGUUGUUGGAUCGCAGCCACCUAAUUGGUGGUUUCUCAUGCCAAAUUGCCAAUUUACUUAGUUUUUUCUUCUGGGCUUGUGCUGCUCCAGUUUGGAGUGGGCACAUCUCUGUGUUUCUUUGAACUUUUGUUAUAAAUGGACUAUUUUUAUGCUGAAA